AUGCGCACUUUCAUUCUACUACUAUGUUUUCUUCCGAUUUCACUAGCGGCCUUUGUUGAAAGCUUUCCUUUGAAUGUUUAUAACUCAUCAGCGGUAGUGUUCAAACCCUUCGUCAUAUAUGUCGCUCUCGACACCAAAAGACAACUAUUGAAGUUCUUCAUCAACUCUAAGGUAUUUUCGCAUCUACUAAACGACUCCUCCGAAGCCAUAGUGACUGAUGUCGAUCCCGAGACCAAUCGCUACACAACCCUACAUGUUGAUAUUGACUUCGUGGGAAAGAAAUUUGUGCUGCAAAAUUUACGGUUGUGCGAAAUCAUUGCUGUAAAGAAUACAUCAAUGUAUGAAACCACGGCCAGGUAUCACCCGCUUAUAAGGAACGAAACAUUAUCAAAUCAAACAAACCUGCUACCGACUGCGCUCCCAUACUACUACCCAAAUGGCACGCGUAUAUCGAGUCUUCGUAAGAGAAGGCUUGCGCAGUCACUCCCACAAGUGAAUGCUCUCACAAGCCCAAAUGCGACAACAUGCUACUCAUGUGGUUCAGAAGUCGACACAUUCUUGGCAACAUCAAACUCCUCCAUCAACAACUAUUUUUCUAACUCGACUGGCAGUCUUGUGCAAUGUCCCUUACGUCAAAAUGAUUCAUUGAUUCUAUACUAUCAAGCUGAUGUUAGUGAUUAUGCUAGGAGAAUUGGAUCAUAUACUGCUACUUUUACGAUAGUCUCAAACGGAGUUGAGCCAAAGAUAAUUGGUGGUGCGAGAUGCUAUGUGACCCCCAUGAUACAACCGAAGAGUUUCCAGCUAUUAAUCUUUUUCUUUGUACUUGCACUUCUCCUCGUUGCAAAUGGAUUGAACUUUUUUAUAAUGGCAUUUUCUCCUGAUCAGGAAUCUUCAAAUCCGUUUCUUAUCGAAGCUUCAACUAUUUGCAAUAGAAAACUCUUGGAGCAACUAGAGGCGAGUACUGAUAGAAUAAUCAGUUAUUUGCAGUUUGCUCUAUUCAUGGGAGGUCUCAAUGUUCAAUACCCCGGAUUCUUCCAGCCAUUGAUUGGUCAAAUUAGAUGGUGUUCACUUCUAGGAGUAAACAUUCUCAACAAAAGCUAUUCAAUUCCAUCCCCACAAAGCGAUAAUGCCUAUAUUACCUUGAACUUUAGUGGUUUGAAAUCACUAUCCUUGUACAGCUCGAAUGGUUUUAUUCAUUACAGUUGGCAAAACUUCAUGGUUUGUCUCAUCAUCUGGAUCGCUAUUACUCUAUUCAUUUAUCAAUUCUUCAUAGCAGUUAAGCUCACUCACCUCAACCUGAAGCUCAAAGUUAAGACUUCAAAGUUGUUAAAACUGAGAAAAAAAGGCCCGAACAUGGACAACAAGGAAGUGGGCAAAGAGAUUCAAUCCGAUUAUUCUGUACGAAGAAAUGCAUGGGCACUUAUUGGGCAUUGCUUGAGAGUUUUUCUUAGCACUUUUGGCUUUGUGUUUUUGCUGUUGACCAUUUUCAUGCUUUAUUCGGCAGGAACCUUCUCUAGUCUUGGAUUUACCGAAGAGCAGGUCAUUCUGAGACUAAAUGCUUUUGACCCCACAUUCCCAUAUGACUCCCUAAUACCCAAUCAACCUCCAAAUAAGUCUAUGUACAUUAUAUCUGCAAAGAAUAUAGCAGGAGGUGUGAUAACUAUUCUUCUUUGGUGUGCAUGUGCGUUUUUCUUUGCCAAUCACUAUUUGCUUCCUAUCAGAAAUUGGCAUAUCAGGCCCCACGCCAAUGUUUCCAGGUUAUACACUUCUGUGAAAACCAUUAUAACAUGGGCAUACCUCUACAGUACCUACAAACCAAGCAGAGUCCAUUUCGUUCUUGUUGAUCUUCUCGGAGUAGUAUUUGCUCUGAUUGUAAUCGGUGCUUUACAGUCUUAUGGCACUGUCCAAGUUGUGUUUAUGAUCGUCAUUGAGUUUACCCAGCUCGUAUUGCUCCUCACAUUGAAACCGCAUUUUCUAAACAUAACUUGGCACUCAUUGUCAUGGAUAAUGAGAUCAGCCCGGGUGAUCAUAGCCGUUUUGAAUAUUCCUUACAUUCGUCAAUUGGGAAUCUCUGAAGCUUCAAGAACUUAUGUGGCAUACGCUCAAUUAAUUAUCCAUGUCAUUGUUGUUGCAAUUUAUGUUGCGCAUCUUAUUUAUUGUUCGAGUUUGGUGCUCAAGACUCUCUUGAAGAAACGAAGAUCGACUCACCUUUAUGCAACUCGUAAUUCCCUGGCCCCAGAAAGUCUUGACAACUUGCUUCUCAACGUCGAACUCCAGCCUAUGAAACCUGUUUCAGCAUCAAAUGGUAAAGAUCGCCAUCUAGACCUCACUUCCUCUCUGAUUGGAAAUGCCGAUGACGAGGAAGUAGACUACUACCGAUCGAAUACCGGAAAUAUGUUUCUUAAUCUCAAUGAGACCAUUUCACAAGUUGAAAUACUCGAUCCAAAACAUACUUCGGCUGAGAAUAUUUUCGCUGAUCAACCGCCAAAAACCAAACACGACUACACCACGAGAGAGGCCGACCGCAUCUAUCAAAUCGGCCUUUCUAAUCCCAACAUUGACCCAGAGAUUAGGAAGAUGUGGGAGGCCAGAGAGCGAACACAAUCAAGCGAUGAAGAGGCGCAAAACUAUUCACAAGCCAAUGCAUUUGGAUUAUCGACAUUUUUCCAUCGCAAGAAGAUACCCAAGGAAUCCGGCUUUCAAGUUUCGCGACCACGUCCUCUUGUAAUCAAACCUGAUAUGUCAGUAAAUCUAGAUGAAGCAAAAUAA